AUGACCUUCGAGAUUGUCGUCCCUUCAGAGAAGGAGGCUCCUGGCGUAGCCGAUACCUUCUUUGCUGCCAUGGACAUCAACCUGCUCAUGCAUGCGCAAUUUCCUACACCUAGGAGCAAGGAGUUCAUGCAUGGAUGGAUUCUUAAAGAUACGAUGGAUCACGUUCAAAGCGCUGACAAGGGUGUUCUUGUUGCGCGUGAUACAGAGACUGGCAAGAUAGCUGGCUUCGCCAAGUGGAAUAUCCAGCGGCAACCGCGGCUAGGGGAGGAGGACCAUGACGACGAAGAGUUUCCAGAUUACUGCCAACGUCAGUAUCUUGGACCUUAUGCAGCUCUUACCAAAAGCAAGAGAGACAUAGUCCUAGGCGAAAAGCCGUAUUACCACGUGACAUAUCUCUGCACGGAUCCUGACUUUAACGGCCGAGGAAUUGGAUCGACUCUACUUCGCCGAGUGCAGGCUCAGGCGGCUGCCCAAAACAUGCCUGUCAUUCUCGAAGCAACAAUGAACGCAGUACCCUUCUAUGAGAAGCUGGGAUACCAGAUUCGGGAGGAGCUUGAGAUGACGCUCCCAGCACGUGGUUCAGACGAGCCAACUGAGCACUAUGAGGAGAGAAUCAUGGUCUGGACACAAUCGUGA